ACGAGGGGAAGCCCCAGCACGGGGCUGAUGUGCCGGGGAAAGGGCCACGAGCUACAAAGCACAGCCUGACCCUUCCAGGACUGUGUGUUUGGGGGGAGACGUCACAGCUGUCCCCAGCACAGUUGCACCCCGGCCCCACAUCCUGCAUCCCAGCCAUGCUGGGACACCCCAGCUCCAUUCUACCCACCCUGGAGGUGCCGUGCCCCACCAGCACGGGCACGGCAGCCUGAGUGUGGGCUGAAGGCUGGCAGAGGUUUUGGCAGGGCUUCCAGCCGUGUUUCAGGCUCUGCCUUCUUCUGCUUUUCUUCCUGGCCGGCCCCGGUGGGCGCUGUGUCAUCGCCAGGGCUUUUGCCAAGCUGCCCCUUGGCCGGGGCCGGGCUCACCGUGGGACGCGGAGAGCGGCACCUUCUGGGAGUGUCCCAGGGCAGCGAGUCAAAACAAGAGGGUUUCAGGGCCGGCCAGGAAAAUCCCACCCAGCUGCGGCCCCGUGUCCCCGUGUCACCCGCGCGGGAGGGUUUUCUCCGCCAGGAAGCAGAGAGCACCUGCCCGGGCAGCUGCGGGGCUGCCGGGGAAUGCCCCGGCGGGGGAGACCCCCGAGCUCUGCCCCUGCCUGCAGGGAACCCCCGCGGUGCCGGGUCCGGCUCGGUGGAGGGGGAACCCCCGGCAUGCGGGGUUCUGACUCACCGAGGGAGGGGAACCCCCGGGGUCCGGCUCGGCUCGGGGAAACAUCUGAGCUCUCCAGACACGGAGAGGAGCCGCUGGGGCGCAGGGCCCGCCCCGGCACCGGGGAACCCCGGGGUGCGGGGUCUGCCCCGUCACAGGUGACCCCUCCCGCCCACGCUCCCGGGGCUCCCGGCCGCUUUCUGUCUGAGUCAGAGCGGCUCUUGCUGCCCGGCAGGAGCUUCCCCGGCUCAAGGAGGAGCAGGACGGGCUCCCACCGCCCCCACGGCCACUGCGAGCUGCGGGAACGAGCGGCUGUGCGCGGCUGCAGAUUGCGGGGGGACGGGAGCUGGCUGCCGGCUGCGAUUUCCAUAUCAGCGCCCUGCAGCCGCCUGCGCCAAAUAAACACAACAGCCCCACGGACAAAAGCUUUUUCCUCUUAUCAAAGCGACCAUGAGCUCCCAGCUCGGCUGGGCCACAGGGCUCAGGGAGACAUGGGCAGGGAAGAGGUGCCCUGAUGGCCCCAGCCCCGGG